CAUCAGUCACUUCCUUUCCAACCAAUUUCCCCUUUUCCUUCUCCUCCUCCACUGCAGAAUCUCACUUACUCAGAGCAAAUUCCUCCCAAAAAACAGCAACAAUGGCGCCGGUCAAGUUCCUCUGCAGCUACGGCGGCCGGAUCCUCCCACCCCGUCACGGCGACACCAAGCUCCGAUACGCCGGCGGGACGACCAGGGUCCUCGCCGUCAACGACCUCGAUUCCGCCACCACCUCCUUCACCGACCUCAUGUCCAAGCUCGCCGACCUCUGCGGCGAGGCCGCCGUCGAGCUCCGAUGCCCGCUCCCGAGCGGCGAUCUCGAGACGCUCGUUUCGAUCAAGUCCGGCGAGGAGCUCGCCGCCGUCGUGGAAGAGUACGAUCGGUCCUCCCCUGGCUCCAAGAUUCGCGCGAUUCUCUCCCCGCCAAAGAACUCCAAGAAGCAGGGCGCCGCCGUCUCCCCUCCGCUGUCUGUGAUCAGCACCGACGAUUUCUCUCCCGUCAAGAAAUUCGAUUCUUCUCCCGCCGCAGCGUACUUCCUCCCGCCUUCGUUCGCCGUCGGGCACCCGGUGGCCUAUCCUCACAGCCGCGAUUCGUGCGGAUUUGGGUACCGGAAUUACUACCCGAAUUACGCGAAUCCGAAGGUGGUUUCGUAUGGGAAUCCCGUCUGUGAUUGCUUGAGCUGGCGCAAUUGAGAUGGAAAGGGAUCGAAUUUGGGGAUUGGGAGAAAGAUUUGUGGGAAUUUUGAGGAACGAAUUUUAGGGUUUUCUUGAAUUCCUUUGUACAUUUUGUAUAGUGGUACUCCUACUAGUAAGAUUGAAAUAACAAUUUUGUACUUUCGCUUUGUUGAACAAAUUUUGUAUAUGAUAAUAAAUAACAACUUCAUAUUAGCCUCGUUUUUAUUUCACAAUCAUUUGUUUGAAUAAUUGAUCAUGACGCUU